AUGUCCAUGUUCUCUUCCUUCUCGUUCAAAUCGCUCGAUGAGUCACCCAAACCACGUACCAUACAUCAGGAAGACCCAACCGGUCCAUAUUCAAUCGAAGAAGACGUUUUCGAUCAAGAUCACGGAUUUGACUCUUACCAUUCUUUGAGCGGGCUCGGCUCAGACAGACAAAGUAGAAGUAGUCUGACUGCUUUGGCUGAAGACGACGAGGAAGAAGAAGUUGAUAGGAAAGACGUGAGUUUAGGUGAUGUCAUUUGA